AUGGCGGAAACGGUGCUACGACUUGGCCCUCAAGAGUACGCCCACCUCACCAAUUUGAACACUAACACGACGGUGCUUAUCCUCGGGCCACUGAAUCACCCCGUCGCGUCCCACGAAUCGAUUGCGCUGCCUCCGACGAAGUUUGUGGUGGUGUCGCCGUCACAGUACUGCCUGGUUGCCAACCCGCACCGCAUCGCCGUCGACCCGACCACCGGCAUCGCACAGCCGGUGCGAGAUGCGUAUGGACAGGUGCAGGUGCGGUCUGGUGAGGAGGAGUACCGCUGGCACGUGUCGCCCUUUCCUCUCUACCCUGAGGAGGUGGUAGUGAAGAUUGAAGAUCUCAAAGUCCUCUCGGCGCGGGCUGCGCUAGUGAUUCAGGUGCUCACCGCCUACAGCGUGCCGGCAGGUAGCGUCAUCGGCUCGUCGCCCUCCCCGGCGCACCGCGAGGCUGGCGAGCGCUACCUCUUUUACGGCCCCGGUACGUAUUACCCCCGCGUCGAGGAGCGCAUCGAGGAGGAGGUGACAGCCCAUACAGUCGAGCGUGGCUCGGCAUUGUGGUGCACGACGAGCGAGACCUUCACGGACAGCGUGACCGGCCUGAAGCACUAUGCCGGUGACGCGUACAUGUACGUCACUGAAGGGAUGCACUUUUUGCAGUCCUUCGAAAGUCUUCAGUGCGUCACGGAGGGCAUCGUGCUUAGCACCGAGGAGGGGUUGCAUGUGCAGCCGGCCAAGACCUAUGCCGACCCCCGUACCCCAUUUCGCGAGGGGGGUAUCAUUCGCAAGGCAGACGAGCCAUUCCUGGUCACGAGCGACAUGUGCGCCUGCUUUGUGCUGCACCCCUACGACAAGCUGGUGAAGACGGUGAAGCGCACGCACGUGUCGGCUGCGCAGUACGCUGUCAUUCUCAACCCCGUCGGCGACGACGGCAAUGUGAGCGUCGGCGCGCGCAAGAUCGUCACAGACACAACCUUUUUUCUCAAGCCAGGUGAGACGCUGGAGAAAGACCACCCGCAAGCUGCAUACCUACUUUGCGAGCAGGAGGCAGUGCUUGUAACAGCGCUGGGCAACUUCACCGACUCGUCGUGCACGCCGCCGGUGGAGCGCUACGACGGGGAUCGAUGGCUGGUGUAUGGCCCCUGCUCCUUCAUUCCGUCGGACCUCAUGCGUGUCGUUCCCAAUGCAAAGAGUGGUGCAGAGGUGCGGAGACCCUACCUGCUCAGUGAAGGGGAAGGCUUGUAUGUUCGGAACAGCGUCACCGGUGUGGUGCGGUGCAUCUCUGGCCCUUGCAACUACCUGCUGACCGCUGAGGAGGAGGUAUGGGAAAAGCCACUCUCCGCGCAGGUGGAGCGGCACCUGACGCAGUUAAUCAGCCACGCUGCCUACAUUGAGCUCGUGCAUGAGAGCGAGCGCAAGGUGCUGCAAGGGAAGACGGAGCGGGCGGUGCCCUACCACAUUCCCUAUCAAAGCGUGACGCAGCUGUACAACUACAAGACGCAGGUGACGCGUAUCGUCUUUGGCCCGGAUCGCGUACUCCUCGAACCUGACGAAGCCUUCACGGUGGUGUCGCUCUCCGGCUCUCCGUGGGACCCGGCGAAACCAACAAAGUGUAUGCCAAAACAACCAAACUACAUCACCGCUCUGCACCUCUUCCUCGGACCCUCCAACAUGACAGACGUCGUGCACGUUGAGACGCGUGAUCAUGCGCAGCUUGCCCUGCAGCUUUGCUACGACUGGUACUUUGACGUCACCCCUGGCGACACGGAGGUCGCCAAGGAGUGCUUCAGCGUGAACGACUUUGUGGGCGACGCGUGCUCCUACAUCGCGAGCCACAUCCGCGCAGCCGUGGCCUCCAUGCCGUUCGAGGAGUUCCACAAGAACAGCGCGCGGUGCCUACGGCGUGCUGUGUUCGAUGUGAAUCCCGCCACCGAUGAGCCAAAUGGCUUGCUUCGCUUUCCAGCAAACCACCUUGUCGUCACAUCGGUGGAUACGCAGGAGAUGGAGGUGCUCGAUGAGCGUACGCGGCAGGGGCUGCAGAAGUCCGUGAAGAUGGCGAUUGAGAUCACCACCCACGCUCAGGAGGCUGAGGCGCAGCAGGUGGCCAUGGCGCGUGAGCAGGAGGCGCGUGGGCGACUUGAACGACAGCGAAUGCACGAUCAGGUGGCCAACGAAGAGCAGCGACGCGUGCUGCUUGAUGCGGAGAGCAACGGGCUUUCCAUUGUUAGCUCCGGCAAGUCCAAGGCCAUGGCAGAGGCUCUGUCCUCCGCUUCACGUAUUGAGAGUGAGGCCUCGGUCGAGGCGGCCACCGUGCGGGCUGCCAAGGAGUUACUGCUCUACAACACCAUGAGCGAGAUGCAGCACAAGAAGAAGCAGCUACUCAUCGAACAGGAGGAGAAGGUGGCGGCGAUGACGCUAGACUACGAAAAAGCGCUGGAAGAGGUGCGACACACGCAGAUAAGCAGGGUGAUAGCAGCUCUGGGACCAGAGACGAUUGCGGAGAUGGCUAGGGCUGGGCCGGAGCUACAAGCAAAGCUGCUGGCAAGUCUCGGGCUGGAGGGCUACCUCGUGACGGAUGGCAGCUCGCCCAUCAACCUCUUCAAGGCGGCGAGCGGCCUCGUCGGCCAUGUCUGA